AUGGCAACAUCUAUGGCCGCGGCAAUUGCCGCUACAAUGCCCGAGAGGCAGGCAGCUCAAACUGCUGCACCCGCAACAACAGUCGUCCAUGAAGCGAUUCCAGCAUCGAUGGCCAAGUUGAUGGAUGUAGAGGCUGAGAUUCCCCUAACAUCUGUAGAGCUAGAUGGCUUGGUAGUAAUGAAAAUUAUGAAGCAUAGUCAGGAAUCAUCCAACGCCAAUGGACUGCUGGUCGGCAUCGACCUCGAUGGGACACUGAAUGUCACAAAUUCAUUCGCCAUGCCAAACCUGACAGAUGAUGAUGACAAGUCGGGCAAGGCCGCAGCAAACGCAAGAUACCAAGUAGCUAUGCUGAGACAACUAAAUGAAGUCCAGGGAGAUGAUAGCGUUGUAGGAUUCUACCAGUCUUGCACACUUGGAGGAUUUUUGCGGCAAUCUUUGAUCGAACAACAAGCAUUACACCAAGAGAAACUGCGUCACGGUGGAGUUGUGGUUGUCCAUGGUAUACACUCAUCUGCGGUCCGGGGCGUUGCGUCGCUCAGGGCGUUUAGACUAUCAGAGUCAUUUAGAAAAGCACACAAGAACAAGAAGUUUGAUACUGCAAGUUUGAUAAGCAACCAGCUAACCUUCUCCGCGAUCAUGGAAGAAUUCCCUGUCACGGUCCAUAACACGUCUCUCCUCAGCGCCUUCCUCUCUAAUCUGUCUCUACCUACUCAGCUUACCUCGCUAUCCCCUUCGACUUUCCCAUCUGCGCCUAUUGAGCCUUCCUUCCUUCAGUUCGAUCUCAACCCCAAUGCGCACCUUGAGCGCCUCGUAGAUGCCGCCGAUGCGGUCAAAGCAGAGGAGAGUAACUUAGCGUACCACGCCAGGCAACACGCUCGUGAACGUACAAGAGCAGAGGCAAAGCGCGUGGAAGAAGACGCUCAACGCGCCAACCAAGGUCUUCCUCCGAUGACGGACGAAGAGUUUGCGAGGAUGUUCAGGCUUCCUUCCGAGCCGAGCCGAUUGGAAAGCAUGCUUCUUCUUGGACAACUCGAUACACAGGCGAAGAGUGCGGCGGUGGCGAGCUCUGCUGAGAUGGUAAAAAUGUAUCUUGCAAGGCCCGAAGCCCAGAAAGGGCUUGCUUGA